AUGGAAUCUUAAACUACAAGAAGAAUGAUAUAGCAAGUGAGUAUUUUAGAGCCUACAGAAUAUAUAUCUGCAAGAACAGACACAAAAAUAAAAUUAGGAUAUCUAUUCAUACAGAAUCCAAAAAAGUUGGAAAGUAUUUGAUGCAACUUUUAUUUCAGUGUUUGGAUUAAGAUAAGUAAGUUCUCGUCUUCUAAAAUUCACUUAAGAAAAACCUUUGUGUGAAUUGCCAUCCAAUAAAAUUUCGAAAUCUUUAUUACAUAAAUCUGAAUCCAUUGAAUCCUAACAAUAGAAAAAGAAUCUCUCUAAAUUAAUUUUGAAUAAGAGUUGUUAAGAACAAUUAGUUUUGUCUAAUCCAACUUUAGUACUUGAAGAAAAAAAAGAGUAAAUUACAUAACAUUCAAAAAUUUUGUAAAGUCAUCAUUGUAGAUAAAGAUAGGAACUGCCUCCUAUUUUAGCUAAUUCUAAUUUAUCUCCUCCACCUUUUGAUACUAAUUAAGUUAAAAAAGAAAGGAAAUAAAAAAUAUUAGGGAAAAUAUAUUUAGGCAGAUAAACUAAAUUUUAUAAAAAAUAAACAGAAUAAAACAAUUAAAAGAAUUUUAUUGAAUAAUUGAGUUUUGAAUGUCCAAAUGUUAAAAUGCUUUUGAAAAAUGUAAAAUUAUUGUUAUAAGAUGAAGUAAAACCUUAAAAGGUCCAAAUAAAUUUCAUUAAGUCAAGCAGUUAAAGAAUUCAAAAAGAAUUAGGAACUAGAAAAUAAGGGCAACAAGAUUAAUCUAUUUAAAUCUCAUGAAAAAGAGUUGAUAUCUUUGAUUUUAGGAAAUGAUUAAGAAUGA